GCUUGAAGUCAUCCACACAAACAGAGGAGGAAGAAGAAAAAAAAUUCCCUUAAAUUAUACAGCAGCAGCAGCUUCCUGUACUUUACACCUGCUCUGAGGGAGAGAGGCUGAUCUGUUGGCCGGAUCAGCCCAGUUAGGACAUCCACAAGAAGAAGGAGGAAGUUUCCUGCAUUUUUCUGUUACUCCCUUUUCAGCUUUUCUUCUCUUUUGCUUUUUUCUCGCUUCAUCUGCUUCAUCCGGUGCUCAGGAAUGCUUCUCAGCAACUGGUGCGAUUUUUGGGCUUGCUUUGUCAUUUUUCUACAAGCCAGAUCCGUGCUCUGUAAGGAGAUGAAGCUCCCCAGCAGAGCGCUCCGGCCUCCCUCUCCGUCCGACUUCCUGGACAAACUGAUGGGGCGGACAUCCGGCUACGACGCCCGCAUCAGACCCAACUUCAAAGGUCCUCCCGUCAAUGUCACCUGCAACAUCUUCAUCAACAGCUUUGGCUCCAUCACUGAAACAACCAUGGACUACCGGCUAAAUGUGUUUCUACGGCAGCAGUGGAAUGACCCCCGACUCGCCUACAAGGAGUAUCCGGACGACUCCCUGGACUUAGACCCCUCAAUGCUGGACUCCAUCUGGAAACCCGACCUAUUCUUUGCAAACGAAAAGGGAGCAAACUUCCACGAAGUGACGACCGACAACAAACUGCUUCGGAUAUUCCAGGAUGGAAACGUCCUCUAUAGCAUCAGGCUGACGCUCACGCUCUCCUGCCCCAUGGAUCUGAAGAACUUCCCCAUGGAUAGCCAGACAUGCAUAAUGCAGCUGGAGAGCUGUGAGUUCAUCCUUCAUGGCAGACGGAACCAGAAAUUGUGUGUAGAUUUGGCCAGUGAACUUGUUGCUCACUGUGCAGCUUCUCCGUGUUUCCUAGUUGGCUACACCAUGAACGACCUUAUUUUUGAGUGGCUGGAUGUCGGAGCGGUGCAGGUGGCCGAUGACCUGACGCUCCCCCAGUUUGUGCUGAAAGAGGAGAAAGGUCUUGGUUACUGUACCAAGAACUACAACACAGGUAAAUUCACCUGCAUAGAGGUUAAAUUCUACCUGGAGCGUCAAAUGGGCUACUAUCUGAUCCAGAUGUACAUACCGAGCCUGCUCACUGUCAUCCUGUCCUGGGUGUCCUUCUGGAUCAACAUGGACGCCGCGCCGGCCAGAGUGGGUCUGGGAAUCACCACGGUGCUCACCAUGACGACACAAAGCUCAGGCUCCAGAGCCUCUCUGCCAAAGGUGUCUUACGUCAAAGCCAUAGACAUCUGGAUGGCCGUGUGUCUCCUCUUCGUGUUUGCCGCGCUGCUGGAGUACGCAGCUGUUAACUUCGUUUCACGCCAGCACAAGGAGUUCUUCCGACUCAGGAAGAAGCUUAAAGAGCAGCAGCGGCAGCAGCGGCGGCAGCAGAGAGCUCAGGGAAGCAGUGACAGUAAAGGGAAGGGAAACACCACGCCAGGAAACAAUGCUGCUCAGGGGAGCGCAACACAGCGGUGCAGUGCCUGUGCCAGGGAAGAGGAGCUGGCGCAGCAGGGGUUUCUCCUCCAGAGCAUUGGACUCUCCCUGUCCAGCGCCCCGGAAAUGGACGCAACGCCGGUCUUCGCCGACUUGCCUCCCGGUUUAGGUUUUUACGAAAUCCAGCGGCGUUUUGUGGAGCGGGCGAAGAGGAUCGACACCAUCUCCAGAGCCGUGUUCCCCAUGAGCUUCCUCAUGUUCAACGUGCUCUACUGGCUCACCUACAAAGUUCUACGGCACGAGGACCUCCAGUUCACUCUUUGACCACCGUGAUCACGACAGGGACAUUUGAACGUGAAACGUUUGCAGACUGAGCGGCAUUUACUGGGCCAUGCAGAGAAUGUCGCACUGCAUGUGCAGUACCAUGGAAAAAUUCUAUCAUACAACAAAUCGUGUGGGUUUUCCCUUUUUAGUUUGUUUCUUUUGAUGAAAUUUGCACUUAAUUUGCACUUUGUAAGCAUUGCAUAUCAGAAUACAGUGUGUGUAUAACCUUCCCCUAUCACUUGUGUUUGGGUGCUGUAAAUUCAGGUCAGUACAUUUUACAUUGCACUUACUCACCUCAAGGGCCCUCCACACUUGCUGGUACCCCUGGCAAACGUGUGCAAAAGCAAUAAAAUUAAUAUUUUAUUUCAGUAGCAUAAUCUAACUCAUGUUUUAUUAUAAAUCCAACCUUCAAUGUAAGACCAAAAACUAUCUCAAGCUGCAAAUUCUUCACCCAAACAAACGCUUGAGGGUUUGGCGCAAAACAAAGGAUGAAUAUUUGGAAAAGCAACUCAUAUCCACUGUUAAGUACGGAGGAGGGUCAGUAAUGUUGUGAUAGAUUUCUCUAAUGAAGACUUAAGACUUUGGCUGCAGGGCUGACAAUAAGUGUAACAUCAACCACUUUGUUCAAAACACAUUUAGCACAGCUGCACAUCAUUUCUUUAUGUAGAACCUUUUUCACCUACUCAAUAGAUGCACUUGAAGAUUAAAUUAUUAUUUUUUAUAUAUAUAUAUUGUUAUGUGAAGCCAUGCUGCAAUGACAGAAUAAAUUUUAAGGUUUAUUAAACAUCAUCCACAGGACUGCCAGUAUUUGUGUGAAAUUGUUAUGUUUUGCCACUCAGUGAUAAAACGUAUGUAGCAUUUAUCAUAACCUUUAGGUUCACUUCUGCAGCUGUGCUGGUAUGGGCCUGGGAAUUUUAAUAUACGUGAAAUACCUUAUGGAUUUAAACGAUUUGUUUUUUCUAAAUGUUUGACCAGUCCGUUGGGAUAAUGUAUCAGUUCCAAAACUAAACCGUAACAGGAACUCUUUCUGUAUAAAUAAAUAUGCACCCAGAACAAUCUUUUUUUUUUUAAGUUAUCAAUGUUCAGUCCUGAAAUAUUAAAGAUAAAAUGUGGCUCUAUAAGAGGCAAGCUUUGAAAAUGUGCAUCAUAUCUAGUUUCCACUGACACUGAACAAAUCGUUUUACUUGUAUUUUUAUAAAUA